UUUAAAAAACUUACUGAACUCCAAGCCUUUUUAACCGAACGGAAUAUUUUCACUACUCCUUGGGGCAAGAAAGGAAUUGAAAAUAUUAGGAAUUUGAAACUCUAUAACCAUAAGACUACAAAUCAAUCUGAAACUAAGUUUAAAGAGAAAGCCAGAGAACCAAAACCCAAGCAACUCAGUCCCGAACAAAAAUAUUUUCAGAAGAAACAAGAAUUAGAAAAGCAAGUAAACCAUCACCCGCAAAAAGAAAAUCUGAAUAUCUGCUAUAUUUAUAAAAAUGAGCAGCCAACCUUUCGCCAAGUUCCUGAUAUCACUAAUGAGAUAAUUGUUCACCAUUUAGAAAAUGCUUGUCGCCGUUAUCAACGAAACUAUACUGAACUGCUAGUUUGUGAUUUACAAUUUAAAGCUCAGAAGUUAGCCGUGCGUGGCAUCUUAGCCAAAGUAUUACAGAAAUUUACUGAAUAUUCGACUUAUACUUUGGAACAACUGAAAGAAAAAGACCAACACUUCUAUUAUAUUAUUGAUAAAAAGAAAAAGAAAUUAGUCAUCGAAAAAAUUAGAAAAAUAAAAGAGGAGAUGAAUUUACCAGUUAAUGUCGAGUUAGCACCACACACGCUCAGAAGGUGUUUUGCUACUUAUAAUGCUAUUUCUGGCAUGCCUUUACCGGUCUUGCAGAAA